AUGUGUGAUCCAGUGUCCAUUGCUCGUAACCAUUUGCUUCCACUGUUAGCAGAAGCAGUGAAUAUAAUCAGGCAGACUCCAGUAGAAGUUAAAGCCAUGAAAAAACAACUCGAAAGGAUUCAAGACAUGAUCCAUGAAGCGGAUAGAAAGGCUUCAGCAGAAGCAGAUAACCUCAAGCGUGACGAAAUCAAGGAAAUGAUGAAGGAGCUGAUAGAAGCAUCUUUUGAAAUGGAAGAUGUCUUGGAUGAAUACAUUGUGUGUGAGCAACAACUGCAAUCUCGUGAUCCUGGAUGCGUAGCAUUCAAUCCAGAAGAGGCAGCUAACUUCAUCAGACCUAUGAUCACCCGUGUUCAGGUGGCCUACAAGAUUCAGCGCGUUAACACGCGAUCUCGUGAAAUGAAGGAAAAAUGUCAGAUUCAUGAUUCUUCAGAACAAGGAGAAGGUGGUCCUAGUUCUCGAGGAAGCCAGGACCCUGCGGUGCGGAACCUUCGAGAGGAGGCUCCGCUUGACAUUAGGGAGACUGAUGUUGUUGGCUUUGAUGUCCCGAAAGUGAAAUUGAUUGGUUGGUUGGUGAAGGGACGAGAAGAACGCACUGCGAUCUCUGUGGUAGGGAUGGGAGGGCAAGGGAAAACCACUCUUGCUAGAAAAGUUUUUGAAAGCAGUGAUGUUGUUAAGCACUUUCAUUGCCAUGCAUGGAUCACUGUCUCUAAGUCAUACACCGUGGAAGGAUUGUUGAGGGACAUGUUGCAGCAGUUUUGCAAAGAAAAAAAUGAAGAUCCUCCUCAGAAAAUCUCAAUGAUGGAUCCCACAUCAUUGAAAAAUGCAGUGAAGGACUACAUGCGGCGAGGAAGGUAUGUUAUCUUCUUCGAUGAUGUGUGGGAUACACAAUUUUGGGACAAGAUUGAAUAUGCUUUGAUUAAUGAUACUAAAGGAAGUAGGAUAUUGAUCACAACCAGGAAUAAGGAUGUUUUCUUGCCUUUUAAUAGAUCUUGUUUGGUUGAAAUGCAUAAUCUGCAACGUUUGGAAGAAAAUAAAUCUAGGGAGCUAUUUUAUAAAAAGGCGUUUUGGUCCAAGUUUGAUGGACGUUGUCCAGAAGAUCUGAAGGAUGUGUCUAGUGAAAUUGUCAAAAAAUGUGACGGUCUACCUCUAGCAAUUGUGACCAUUGGUGGUAUUUUAUCUACCCAAGAUCCAAAUGCAAUUGAGUGGAGGAAGUUGUGUGAAAAUCUAAGUUUAGAUAGUGUAACCAAGAUUUUAAGUCUCAGUUAUGAUGAUUUGCCCUCUUAUCUCAAACCAUGUCUGUUGUAUUUUGGAAUGUAUCCCGAAGACUUUAUAGUUGAAUCCAAGAGACUGAUUCGACAAUGGGUAGCUGAAGGGUUCAUCAAACAACAAAAGGAAAAAACACCAGAGGAAGUUGGCAAAGUGUAUUUGAAAGAGCUGAUUCAAAGAAGUUUGGUGCAAGUAUCAUCAUUUACCAUUGAUGGCAAAGUUAAAAAUGAUCAGUUAGCUUUAUGUGGGAAAAGUCGGCGUGUUUCUUUAGCAACAACUUCCAAAGCUUUUUGGGAAAGCAUUGAGGGCUCACACAUUCGGUCAUUGCUCUUUUUCAUAAAUGAAGAACUUCCUGAAUGUUUUGUAAAAAGAAUCCUUGCACAAUGCAAGUUACUGAAGGUACUUGAUUUCCAUAAUUGUCCAAGUUUUCUCAAAAAUAUUCCCGAAGGUUGCUUGAAUUUACUCCACUUGAAGUAUUUAAGCUUUCGCAAUUGGGACGUAGAGAGUCUUCCAGAAUCUAUUGUUAAACUUCAGAAUCUGGAAACUUUGGAUGUAAGGACCAGUGUCAUUUUCCUGCCAAGGGAUAUUGGCAGGCUUAGAAAGCUAAGACAUCUUUUGGGUACGUUUGAAUGUUGUGAUGAUGGCUGGGAAUGGAAUUGUGGUAUUGGAGGCUUGGAAUCCCUACAAACACUAAGCGAAGUGGCAAUGAAUAGUUCUCAAGUAGCGCUACUUAAGGAGCUGGGAGAGUUGAGGCAGUUAAGGGAGUUGAGAUUGGCAUUUGCAGAGUUGGAAGUAGAGGAAAUUGAUCUUCUGUGGUACUCAAUAAAUAAGAUGCAACACUUGGAGAAACUACAUCUUUGUGCAAAUGAUGGAGGUUUUAGUGAUUUACAUCUUAUUUCACCCCCACCCACGCUUCAAAAGCUUCUCCUAAAUGGGAUUUUAAAGAAGUUGCCAGAGUGGAUUUCAGAGCUUGCAAAUCUUGUUAAGCUGACCUUGGAAUGGUCUAAUUUAACUGAUGAUCCUCUUAAAUCACUGAAAAAAUUGCCAAAUUUGCUGUCUCUUACCAUGUGGAGUUGUUAUGAGGGUGAAAGCAUGCAUUUUCAAGAUAGAGACUUUCAGAAACUAAAGCUACUAAGACUCCAAUCUAUGACAAGCUUGAAAUCCAUCGUUAUAGAGAAAGGAGCACUGCAUUCACUGAGAGAGUUGGAGCUAUAUCGUAUCCCCCAACUCAAGGCGGUACCACCUGGCAUUCAGCACUUAAAGAACCUUGAAGCUCUCAGUCUGACUUUUAUGCAACGAGAACUUGUGAAUAACAUCACUACCGAUGGAGGAAAAGACCACUGGAUCAUCAAGCGUGUUCCUAGUUUAAACAUUUAUGAUCUGUACCAGUAA